GAAAAACAAUGACGACAAAAUUAAGAACUUUGCUGAAUACUGAACUGAUACUGAUGUAAUUAGUGCAAAUUAUUUCCAAUUGCAGCGUGGCACCGCGUAUAAAGUACUUGUCAAUAGUAAAAUAACGUUUAUUCACGUAUAGCGUACGUCGCGAGCGGACCAAAACCGGAAAACAACUCAAAAGUUUUGAUCGAAUUCUGAAAACACAGACUAACGAAUAAUUGAACCAUGUGUGGAAUAUUUGCUAUUUUCUCAAAAGACGGUCAGCCUAUUUUGCCGAGAAAAUUCAACACUCGUCCUGAAAGCCUGCGGCAGGUUGCCACUCGGCAGAGCCAAAAACAACGCCAUCGUGGACCCGAUUUCACGGGAGUAGAAAUCAUUGAAAACCAUGGCGUGGCUAUGGUGCACGAGAGAGUUUGCAUAGUCGGUGUGCAUACCGGCCAUCAGCCCUUCAAGUCGCAGGAUGGAACCAUCUUCAUGAUUGCCAAUGGUGAAAUCUACAACUAUCUGGAGCAGUCGGCAGAAAUCGCCAAGAAAAGAGGCGCCUAUCAGCCGAAGAGUGACUGCAAUGUGAUCAUCGAGUUGUACGAGGAAUACGGGGAGAAUCUCUUCGAGUAUAUCACUGGGAUGUUUGCCAUUGCUCUGUAUGACACGAAGACAAAAACCAUCCUCCUGGCUCGCGAUCCAUUCGGAAUUAUCUCGAUGUACUAUGGCGAGGAUGAGUAUGGCAACAUUUGGGUGUCGAGUGAGAUGAAGUGUUUGGUGGGCGUGUGUCGCAAGGUAGAAAACUUUCCCCCUGGUGUUAUGCGAAUAGGCAAGGCUGGUGCUCUGAAGGAGAAAAGGUUCUUCCAACAAAAUUGGCAGAGCAGAAUUCCCCGGGAUCCCACUGAUUUGUCAGUUCUACGGCAGACAUUCAUCUCAGCGGUAAGGAGCCAUCUUCAUUGUGAUUGUCUUUACGGGGCUCUUCUGUCCGGAGGUGUUGAUUCAAGCCUCGUGGCAUCCAUUGCAACAAAGAUCAUCCGCGAAACUGAUCCCAGUUUUCGAUUGAAGACAUUCUCUGUGGGUCUGGAGGGCGCUCCUGAUUUCAAGUACAGCAAAAUGGUGGCAGACUACAUUGACAGUGAUCACACUGAAGUUUACUUCACAGUAGAACAAGGUAUUGAUUGCAUCCGAGACAUUAUCCACCAUCUAGAAACCUACGAUGUGACCACAGUGCGGUGCAGUAUUCCAAUGCUUCUGCUGACGCGCUACAUCAAGAGUACUGGCAUCAAGAUGAUCCUCUCGGGUGAAGGAGCAGACGAGAUUUUCGGUGGAUACUUGUAUUUCUUCAAUGCCCCCGAUCCAGAGCAGUUCCAUGAAGAACUCGUCACCCGAGUGGGCAACCUCUACCUGUCGGAUUGUUUGAGGGCCAACAAAGUGUCCCUUGCCAAAGGUGUUGAGCUGCGAGUUCCAUUUUUGGACACAGCCUUCGUCAACUACGCCAUGUCCAUUAGGCCCGAGGACAAGAUCCCUGGGAAGCUGAACUGUUUCGAAGGCAUCCAGACGCACCGAAUCGAAAAGCACAUUCUUCGGAAAGCCUUCGGCGAAGGCUACUUGCCUGAUGAGGUGCUUUGGCGCCAGAAAGAGCAAUUUUCCGAUGGAGUUGGCUACAACUGGAUCGACACCAUUCGUGAACACGCCUCUUCCCAAAUAAACGAUGAAGAAUUUGCCAGGGCAGCUGAAAUCUAUCCCAUCAACACGCCCACAACCAAAGAGGCGUUUUACUAUCGUGAAAUAUUCGCGGAGCUAUUUCCCGGUGAUGAUGCUGCUCGCACCGUGAAGCGGUGGGUGCCACGUCAGGACUGGGGAUGCCCUGAAGAUCCCUCUGGCAGAGCUCAGAAAAUGCACGAAAACAAGACUGAAGGCAAGAAAUAGAAUCUGAAAUCCUGUUCCUUAUUUAUUCUCUCAUACUAAAGUACAAAUACUUUUUAAAAAUCUUGUUUUCCCUAAAACGCUUUAUUUUUCGAUUGAAAAAAUAAAUAAAUAUUUAUAAGUCUCAAAAAGAUAAAAGUAAAACUCAAGCAUAGCUUCCACUGCGUAGAAAAUAAAAUAAAGAAACAUAAAUAUUAAAAACAAA